GAAGAGCGUAAUGUCGAAGGUCACGUAGACAGCGCGUCCCGCCCCGCACGCCUAAGUUCUCGCGCGAAUUGCACUUCCGCCCUUUUGGCUCUCUGAGCGGCACCAUGGCGGUCGGCAAGAACAAGCGCCUUACGAAAGGAGGCAAAAAGGGAGCCAAGAAGAAAGUGGUUGACCCAUUUUCUAAAAAAGAUUGGUAUGAUGUGAAAGCACCAGCCAUGUUCAAUAUAAGGAAUAUUGGGAAAACAUUGGUCACGAGAACUCAAGGAACCAAAAUUGCAUCUGAUGGCCUCAAAGGUCGUGUUUUUGAAGUGAGUCUUGCUGAUCUGCAGAAUGAUGAAGUAGCAUUUAGAAAAUUCAAGCUAAUUACUGAGGAUGUUCAGGGCAAAAACUGCCUGACUAACUUUCAUGGUAUGGAUCUUACCCGUGACAAAAUGUGCUCCAUGGUCAAAAAAUGGCAGACCAUGAUUGAAGCUCAUGUUGACGUCAAGACUACUGAUGGUUACUUGCUUCGUCUGUUCUGUGUGGGUUUUACUAAAAAGCGCAACAAUCAGAUUCGGAAGACCUCUUACGCCCAGCACCAGCAGGUGCGCCAGAUCCGCAAGAAGAUGAUGGAGAUCAUGACCCGAGAGGUGCAGACCAACGACCUGAAAGAGGUGGUCAAUAAACUGAUUCCAGAUAGCAUUGGAAAAGACAUAGAAAAGGCUUGCCAAUCUAUUUAUCCACUCCAUGAUGUCUUCGUUAGAAAAGUAAAAAUGCUGAAGAAGCCCAAAUUUGAAUUGGGAAAACUCAUGGAGCUACAUGGUGAAGGUAGUAGUUCUGGAAAAGCUACUGGGGAUGAGACAGGUGCUAAAGUUGAACGAGCUGAUGGAUAUGAGCCACCAGUCCAAGAAUCGGUUUAAAAUGCAGACUCUUAAUGGUGACAAAUAAAACAUCUUAUUUGUGGUAUUUUUUUCCUGAUCAUUCUUUUUAAAUAACCUGACAGCUUAUUUAAGAUGUUCUGAUUUGUGGUGAAGUUUUCUUACCUUUUGUGUAUAUUUUAUUUAGUUACUAAGUAGCCAAGAAAGGGUAAGAUCUAUUUUAAGCAGGAAUGGUCUAGAAGUAUUAUAGAUGGUGAAGAAAAGGAAACCCUUUCUUUACCUGGUUGAAAUUUUGAAAGCAAAAGUCACUCACUUGUAUCUGACUCUUUGGGAAGAACACUGGAGUAGGUUGCCACAGCCUUUAGGGGUAACCCCAACCCGGGGACUGAGCCCAGGUCUCCUGCACUGGAGGCAGAGUCCUUACCAUCUGAGCCACCAGGGAAGCUCAGGUGGUUCUCAGAUCUCUGAAAGGCGUGUUAAAACACUGCAGGGCCUGCCCCCAGAAGUUCUGAUGAUGUAGAUCCAGGAUGAAGUCUGCAAGUUGGCAGUUGGCAAAUUUUCAGGAGACGCUGGUGACAGGAGCCAUACUUCGUGAACCACUGUCCUAAACCGUGCGGUGGGAAGAGGAGAGCAUAUUGCCAUCUAGCAUAGUGGGUCUGUCUUUUAAAAAGAUAAAUGCUGUCUUGUGUUCUCUAGAGGUAAAUCCCCCCUGAAAACCUUAAUGGUCGAGCUGAAGUUGGCUAGAUAAGUAGAGAAACUGGCUCUUGGUCUCUGUUAAGGGGGCAUUUGUCUGCUAUCCAGUGUUUACUAGUCACUCACCCUUUCUGUUCUAUACCUUCUCCGCUCAAGUCUCUAAUUUUUCAUUCUCAGUUCAGCUGAUGGCCUUGGGAGUAAGAACCUCAGAAUUUGCUGUUACUUCCACCCUGUCUCAUGCUGGGAAAGACUGAGGGCAAAAAGGAGAAAGGGGUGGCAGCGGAUGAGAUAGACACCAUCACUGACUCAAUGGACAUGAAUCUGCAAACUCUUAUUAAAGAUAGUGAAGGAUAGAGAUGCUUGGCGUGCUGCAGUCUGUGGGGUCGCAGAGUCAGACACAGAAGCAUCAGAUUCUACCGUUCUUGGCUCCAUCAGUUCUCACCUUUUUCGUUAUUCCUCUGCCAGUCUCGGCAUACAAGCAAGUCCUCUGCCCUUCCACAUACACCCCUAUUCAAGCUUAUAGCAAAGCUUGCAAGAGUAGCCAUAUUUCUUGCACGUGAUUUUAUUUUUCUUGCUUGAAUCUAUCGCAGUUGGGCUUUUUUCUCUCUCACACUUUUUUUACACCCACUUUUAAGGAACUGUUGCUGUUAGAAUUAACAUGUCAUUGCUAAGCCAGUGGUUCAUCCUUAGCUUUAAUUUUACUUCUGUAACAGUGAUAAUUGACAGCUGAUUUUCUUCUGUGUGUCUUAACUAUAUUCUGGAAUUGGACCUCAAAGUUUUCCAAAUAGUGUUGCUAGCUACUAUUUGCUAGUUUGUUUCAGGCCUCAGUGUUGAGCCCUAGUCCUUUUAUGUUUACCAAUAUUCUUUCUAAAAAUAGUCUUACUCAAUUUCUUGGUUUUAAAUAAACUGAUUCAGAAUUUUA